AGCAGUGUAAGUAUGAAAGUAUGAAAUAACCAGGACCUUACACGUUGCUUUACAUGUAACGAAAGAAUCCGGCAGAAAGACGGUGACGAUAAACAUGGCGGGAGCCAUCUGCUUCCAUGCGCGGUUGCCGUUACAGCUUACGCAGCCCCAACGACGGCUCUACAGAGGCUUCGUAAAGCGUAAUGGUUUUCGGUGUUCGAAGAGUAACGAUGCCCCACAACUAUUGAAGGUUGUUGUUAGUGGAGCUACAGAAAUCCUAAGGCUCUUAUCUUCCUUCAACAAAAAUGAAUUAUAUGAAAUGGUUCCUGAACAGAAAUAUGAAACAUCUGCAUCUUCCUUAGAUGAUAUAAUGAUGAUAUUGAAGUCAGAUUAUGACAAUGCUUAUUUCGUCACAGGAAACUUUACUUCUGGAAUUUAUACAGACGAUUGUAUCUUUGAAGAUCCAACCAUUAGAUUCCGUGGGAAGGAGUUGUACUCUCGCAACUUGAAAUUGCUUGUACCUUUCUUCGAACAUCCAUCAAUCUCAUUACAAAGCAUCAAGAAAGUUAUCAACAGUGAAACAGAGUCUGUAAUGGCUUCAUGGAGACUAAGGACGUAUCUUAAAUUACCUUGGAGGCCUCUCAUUUUGAUUGAUGGGAUUACAGUCUAUGAUUUGGAUAAUCAAUUUAGGAUUGUUAAGCAUGUGGAGAGUUGGAGUGUUUCCCCUCUUGAAGCAAUCGGCCAGAUAUUCACCCCUAGCUCUGGCAGACCAGUUUAAUUUGGUAAAAACUACCAAGCAUUUAAAUGAAAUUGUGUAUACUAAAAAAUAAAAUGUCUAUAUCAUGAAUAGUUUAUUGCUUAAAUCAAGUUUUGUUUCACAUGAGAGAUUAUAGAUUGUAUUUUUAGUUUAUUGCUUAAAUUAAGUUUUGUGAUCCCAG